GCAAAUAUUGUUAGCGAAUCAGGAAGUAGGCGUCUGCUGACUGGAGAGUACCAUUGGACUGAAGUUUGUUCGCCCCAGCGUUCCUUGUAUAAAUAAUAACAAGCGCAAAAGAGACUAGCAUGUGUCGACAAUCCACUCGCUUGGGGCCACUGAGUGAGAGGCAACUUGUUUAGAAAACACUGACAGAAAACCAUGGCGGCAGGCAGCAUGUCAGUCGACAGUGUAUUCAGGACCCGCUCGCUCGGCGUCGCUGCAGAAGGUCUCCCCGAUCAGUAUGCGGACGGGAAAGCGGCCAAAGUAUGGCAGCUCUACAUCGGGAACACGCAGAGCAGGACGCAGGAGUACAAGAGCUGGGUGGUGUCACUUCUCCGAAAACAAGGUGUCCAGAGGGUGCUGGAUGUCGCCUGCGGAACAGGGGUUGACUCCAUUAUGUUGGUGGAGGAGGGCUUCAGUGUGGUGAGUGUAGAUGCCAGUGACAAAAUGCUAAAGUAUGCGCUGAAGUCAAGAUGGGAAAGAAGAAAAGAAGCAGCAUUUGACAAAUGGGUGAUCGAAGAAGCCAACUGGCUGACGCUCCCAGAAGACAUCCGGAAACAAGGAGGAGAUGGCUUUGAUGCAGUUAUUUGCCUUGGCAACUCUUUUGCCCACUUGCCUGAUUUUAAAGGGGACCAGAGUGACCAAAAGUUAGCUCUUCAAAACAUUGCGAGGAUGGUCAAACCAGGUGGGAUCCUCAUCAUCGACCACCGCAACUACGACUACAUCCUGGAGACUGGGCGGGCACCGCAAGGCAAAAACGUUUACUAUAAGAGCGAUCUAACUCAGGACAUUUCCACUUCUGUACUGUGGGUGAACAAUAAGCCCCACAUGAUUACUCUGGACUACACCAUCCAAAUUCCUCAGGCCAGCCCGGAGACCCUGCCUGAGGUCAGUAAAUUCCGUCUCUCCUACUACCCUCACCGCCUGGAGAGCUUUAAAGCGCUGCUGCAAGAUGCCUUCGGCGGCAAAGUUGAGCACAACGUCUACGGAGAUUUCAUGGCAUAUGUCCCUGGUCAAGCUCAAGCUCCGUGCUACUUCAUCCACGUAUGCAAGAAGACUGCAUAGGUGCACGGACAUGGCACGGAAUAUCAUAGUUUUCAGUUAAACCAUAUUCAUUCUCCCAAAUUCUUGUACAUUUAAUCUAAAUUUUAAAUAUCACAAAGUAUAGCUUUCUAAACAACAACAAUAAUAAUAAUAAAUAACGUUCCUAUGUAGCCAUUGGUGGUCCACCGAUUAAUACGUUCAAAUACAGAAAGAUGAUGGCUAUAACUUAAGUAGGUCAUGCCAAUCUUCUUGUAAUGUUUCAGGGUUGAUUUUUAUUGUUAAUUCUUCUGUGUUUACCACCUGAGUCUUAAAAAGCAAGUUCAUAUAAUGUUUUUUUUUUUUUUUCAGGGAGAAAAUGCUAAAGAAAAAUAUGUCAUUUAUAGUUUCUUGGUGUAAUCACCCUAAUCACUAUACUUUGGUUGAAGAUUAUAUUGCGUAUUCUGCUCUUCAUAUUUGCAUGUCUAGCUGUAAUCUUGCACGGUCGUUGAUGUCAGAGCAUCAAAAAGUCGCUACUGGUUUUGUGAACUAAUCUGAUGUUUUAUCAAUCUAACCUACUUUGAGUGUUACACAGGGUAUCACUGUCAUGAUAGUAAGUCCUCAGACAGUUUGCAUUUGUAAAGGGGUUUAGAGUUUUAAAGUACUUGAAGACCAAAUGAUCAAACCUAGUGAAUGUUUAACAGCGCCAACUGUGACUUACAACUUUUGACUUUGUACGACAUGAUUUUACCAUCAUUUUAGAGAAUGUGGUUUCAUGUGUCCUUGAAAUAUUUCUUUGUGACAUUAUUUGAUGCUAAACCAGAAAAUAGUUCCACUUGUUUGUGAUUUAUGAGGAAAAAAAAGAAUGCCCUCCUCAAUUCCACAUUACUUGCAGGUUGUGAGCUGAAGCUUGAACACACUAUCAUCUUAAGACGUGCUGUCAACCAAAGAUUUUACAUCGUUCUUUCCUUUACUCAGUCUUUGAUUUACACUUUGCACAGUGCUUGAAAUGUGUUGAAAAGAACAUUUGCUGAUGUUGGCCCAGCCAUGCAAAAUAAAAUUCAUAGCGAGAGAGUACAGCAGGAAAUUUAAAUGUUAUCCAGGACACUGGCCCCCUGCCGUUUGUCUUAAGACGGUAUGGUAAAUCAGUGCCUUAUGUAAAAAUAUAUGUAGUACAGUACAGUGUUUCAUUUUGAAAUGCGGUGGGUUAAGAUGUUUUUAGAGAACAUUUCACAGCGGUCUUAUGUUGCUGAUUCUUGAAGAUGAUCACUUGUAAUACUUUGCUUCAAAAUACAUUAAAUAACAUUUCAUGUUG